AUGACCGGUCGAUUGAAAUUUAAAAAAAGCAGCAACCAAUCGGAUUCCGAGAUUUUUGACAAGACGAAAGAGAAGUUCAAGAGGCGGUGCACGCGCAUAAGUCCUCCGCGGUAUGCAUAUCUCGACGAGCCUAUUAGUCCGCCGAGAAAGACACGCAGACGGCGUUGGAAUGGCGAUGAUGCUGACGCAGAAGAGGAAGAAUUCAACGCCAAGUUAUACGAUGUCGGUGGUGAGGAUGGUGCGUUUGAAGCAUACGUACCUCCACCAUGGCGAGGUGGGGAAUCUUAUACCAGCUAUUUGGAUACAUUUUCAAACGACAGCGACGACGACGAGAGAUAUGCGGAGAAUAUAAGGCAGAAAAUGUGGGAGAAAUCUCACCCAGGAGAAGCACAGCAUGCGCGUGAGUUUGCAAAGAUGAAAUCAGAUCGAAGGAAUAUUACGAGUCGAGCGAAAUACGCAGCUCGCGAUGAAAUACACAGCGAGCAGGCAGAACAAGCUGCUAAACAGAUCAAUGAGGCAGAGAAGCAAGCAGAAGCCAAACGACAGUCAUUCAGGUCAUUCUGGCUGAAUACUCCGGGUAAAAUCACCUCAAGCAAUAUCAAAUACCCCUCAUUCGAUGGUUGCAUUAGCGAGAGCAGCGUCAGUAGCUUCUUGCAACUCUCUCAUUUACGCGCAUCCGAUAAGAAACGCGUGGUGAGAGACGUUAUGCGCAUUUUCCACCCAGACAAGAGAAAGUGUCCAUGA